UAAAAAUUGAUAACAGAGGAGGUUUUUUUAUUUUUUUUAGGAGGUUUAUAACCUCCGCAAAUUGGAAUACAUUUUUCUUCGAGCAAACACACAUGUUCCUCCCAAAUCAGAAAAAUUGGAAUGAAAUUUUCCACGACCUAAGUUUAGUGUCGCAGCCUCAACCAAUCGAAAUCCUGAGUUCAGUGUCAUCUCUGUCGCGCCGUCCGAUCUCCGUCGAGCCGUUCGAUCUCCGUCGCGCCCUCCGAUCUCCGUCGCGCCCUCCCAUCUCUGUCGUGCCCUCCCAUCUCCGUCGCGCCCUCCCAUCUCCGUCGCACCCUCCCAUCUUCGUCGUGCCAUCACCGUUACGCCGUCGCGCCAUCUCCGUCGGCGUUGUCUUCUUCGCUUCAUCUCAGUCGUGUUGUCUCUGUUUCCCCUUUCCGUCGUUGCGCCAUCUCCUUCUGUGGCGAUUCGGACAUUGCUAUCGAAGGGUGCUGCCUCUAUUUCCUAUCCUGAGAGCAUAUAUUGAAGGCUCCACAGGUGGUUUCUGUUGUUUUCAGUCCUUCUUCUCUUGCUCUCACCCUGGAUGGAACUUGACUAUCAAUUUCUUUUCUGGUGAAAUUCCUAACUAUGGAGUACUGAGCAACUUUGGCAUAUACUUGUUUGAAGGUACUCACCCUUGGAUUUCACUUGGUUUUCCUGUUGUACUCCCCCAUGCUGAAAGUGAUCAAGCUGCAGCCAUGCCAAAGGUGAAGCGUUUCCGAAAUCCACAGAAAUCAUCACUUCAGCCUCCAGCUAAUUCUUUACCAUCAACAGAUCCUGCACCAACAAAUGAAACCUCAUCACACACUUCAUUGAGCACAACACCACCAAUAGAUCCCUCAUUGCCCACCGAGAACUCACAACAACCUGAAACAUCUACAAAACAUGUUCGACGUGAAUCUUCAUCAUAUUGGACUGUUCAUGCAAUAGACUUAGAAGGAGUUAUCAAGAAAAUUAAGGUGAAGGUCAGAGAAGUAAAUAACUUACCUCGUGGGGAACGCAUCAUUGUGGACUUUGAUGAGUUAGGCAUGGCAAUUGGUGAAGGACAAGGCGUGCUUGCAGGAUAUUGUGGUACAUUGGCAAUUGAUUGUAAUUUGUUUCCAAUUAAUUUUGAAAGAUGGUCUGGGAAAACAGGCAUGCCUGACACUUACUUCUUGGAAUGCUUUAAGGAAAUAUUACAGCCUCGAUUUUGUUUUAAGACUGGUGAAGCUAGUGCACAACGGUAUUGCAAACUAACUCUUGGUAGGAAGUGGGCUGCACAUAGGAAGAAUUUAUGGAAUGAGUUCUAUGAUCCAACGAAAAGCAAAAAUGAAAUCAUAAGUAAUGUGCCAAAUGGUAUAGACAGAACUCAAUGGGCUCAUUUUGUUACUUAUCGUCUAAAACCGGAAACAUUGGAGAUUUGUAAAAAAAAUAGAGAAAAUUGCAAAAAGCAAGUAAUUCCUCAUACCGGUGGUUCCAAACCUAUGUCAAGAAGAAGACAUGAGAUGUUUUUGGAAACUGGACAGCUGCCUAGUCGGAGAAAGUUAUACAUUGAUACUCAUAAAAGAAAGGAUGGAUCAUUUGUAAAUGAUGCGGCAAAGGCUAUAUCGGAACAAAUUGAAGUGGGUUUGACUCAAAGCACUAAUGAUGAAUCAGAGGUUUCCCCUAAUGAUGUUGUUGGUAAAGUGUUAGGCCCAGAGCAUUCUGGGAGGGUGCGAUGCAUGGGUUUAGGAGCAGCUCCUACUAACUCAUUUAGAAAUACAAGAUUUCGACUUUCGGAUUUAAGCAUUGCUUCAUCUAGUGCUGCCACAUCAUCAACAUCUUCUGAUCAGUGGCAACAAAAGUACACUAAUUUAGAAUCCCAAAUUCAAACCACCUUGGGUGCACUAAAAGCCUACAUGAUAAUGAAGGAAGGAAAGAUCCCUGAUGAAUUAACUGCCUUUUUUGAUCCUCAACCACAACAAACCGGUGAUGCAAAUGAGCCUGAGUCUUCUAUGGGUACAAGAGGAUCAUCUGGUGGUAGCAACAUUUAGGGUGUUGAUGAUGUUUUUUAGGAUGAAACUAUUUUAGUGUAUUACGAACUUUGAGUAAGUAUGGAUUAAGUUGUAAUUGUUUCAAUUUAAAUUGCUUUUAUGUUAAUAUGUUGAUUUUGAGAAUCAAAAGUUCUAAAGAUA